AUGGAAGGAGAGAGAAAGAAAAGGAAGAUAGAAACUGAAGAAGAGGAUGAAGAGGAAAAGAUUGAGAAAUUCUUUGCUCUGAUUAGAAGUACAAGGGAGGUGCGUGAACUUUUGAGGGGCAACUCAAGCAAUCAUGAGUCAAAGGAUAAAAAAGAUGAGAAGAAGAUGCAAGAAGAAGACAAGGCUGCUGAUGCUGGGGCUUGGAACCCAGCAUUUCAACCAGAAGACUUCCUUGAGGAUGAUAAGAGCUCUGGUCAUCAUGUAGAAGCGGGUCCCUCUAAAACAGAAGAAGAUGAUAAAAAAGAAGACAAAGGAGGUAAUGGUUUAGACCUAAGGCUUUCUUUGUAG